AGGCCUUUACUACUAUAGCAGGGAGGCAGGGAGAUCAUUAUAUCAAGAAGAUUUUUCUCUUGUGUAUUUUGUAUUUAAUUUUUCUUCUUUGUUUACGGCAACAGCUGCAACAACAACUCUACAACAACAAUAACAAUAAGACGUUGUUUUGGAGAGGGAGAAAAGAGGAAGAUUUGAAGGGUAACGGCUUUACAUUCAGGAAAGUAGCAAAAUCCGCUUCUAAGAGAAAAGAUCUUCCUACUUUGAACCAGUCAACUGAUUUUUGUAGUAGAAGUUGACAUUAUUGGCAGGGUUUCCGAACACCUUCAUCAAGCUAAUACUAAUUUUCUAGACUGUAUGUAGCGGUUUGGAAAUUACUACCAUUGCAGCAAUUGUAAAUUGGAGCAAGGGAGAAUACAAAAUGCCAAGAAAGAUUAGGAUUAGAUUUGAUCCGAGACGGAAAAGGGAGCAACAAAGAAUGCAUAACAGAGCUAGAAAAGAAAGAAAAGCUUUGGCUACUAACCGCUCAAGCUAUCUAAAAAAUGAGAGAAAGCGUUAUGACACAAAAAUUCGCGACAUGAUAAAGAAGAUGAUUGUCUUCCAAGAGAAAGAGGUAUCAGAAAUACCUCUAGAAAUUGACGAUCUACAAAUUAUUUUACCAUUUUACAACGCUGUAGUGAAACGUUCCAAGCAGCCACUACCUAAAGAAAAGUGCUAUUUCAAACUCCAAAGACUUUUCCUAUUUGAGCAAAAGUCACAGGCAAGAGGACUACCAACUUUUGAUGAAGAUAUAGCUCUUUUACUUGCAUCACGUUGCAUAUUUAGAGAAGAGGAAGACACUUUAGAAACUCAUCUAAGGAAUUUAGCUAAUGGUAUUCCUGUUCAGAUCGAUAAUUCGUUGUCUGAAGAUGAAUCUCAGCCAGUAGAUUCAGCACAGGCAGACAAAGCCGAAGAUGAUGACAACUGUCAACCAAAGGGGACGGGAGAGCCAAAAAAGCCAGACGAUGAUGCCAACUGCACAACAAAUGCGCCAUCUGUAGAUACAGACAAGCUUGAAAAUGGUAUUACUAGAGCUCCAAAUGUAUUCAUAAAAACUGGCAAACCGAGAAAAACAGGUAAAAGUGUGCCACUUUGGAAGAUGCAAGAAAACAUGCAAAGGCUUAGAAAACAAGAAAGCUUAGCCAAAAGCUCCCUCGUGUCUGACUCGCAGGUUCCACCUGAUCUCGUCAAAGUUUCAUUACCAUCAACGGGAACAAUAGUCAGUAAUGGAUUUGUGCCUGGAUCUAUAAACUCUUGUCAGUACAGCCAAUCAAAUGUUUAUAACACAGGAACGCCUCAAGCUUUUGGGAAACUGCUACCUACGUUUGGAACAGUUAACGGUCGAGCUGUUCCUUUAAACAUGAAUCAAAUCAUUACUGGGAAGUAUUUCGACCAAGGAAAUAGCUUUUCUAUAGCACGUGAACGUGCUCUUAAUGCAUUUGGCAAGGCAAUUGCACCCCAGAAUCACAAUGGACAGCAUCCUAGGAUGGAGGUAGAGAAAGUUGACACAAGUGCUCCUUCUUUUUCGCAAGGAGUGGCACGUGAUAUGAUCCAUGGAAAACGCAACUACGAAACGAAACUCCAAACAGAAAACGGUCCUGCUGCUGAAGCAGAAGCACUUGGAGCACACUUCAAGGUAUUUUCACAAUCAGUUUCGGAAUCAAACGGUGUGCCAAUGACCGCACGAAAAUCAAUUCGCGAUAAAUAUCGUUACGUAAAAGUGGGACAUAAUUCUGCUGGUACAGAGCUAUGUGUAAACAAAAAAUUAAGUAUACAAGCUAGCAACAUGAAUCUAACAACACAUAAGACAAAUUCCAAUGAUUUUGACCUUGAAUAUUCCAAAAAGCUGAAUGCUCAGAGAAUUAGUACAAAUAUUGAUAGAAAUGACACAAAACAAGCAAAACAUUUUGCACAGGAAAUAGAAAAUGCCUCUAGUCCGUUGAGAUCAAUCAAUUGUAAUCCCACUGUUUCAAAAGUAAUGAAAAAGCCAAAUUUUCAAAACAGUGGUCCCGACAUAACAGGAAUUGGUGCAAGUAUACCAUACGUAUUUAAAGACGCUGGCGAUGAUCGGUCAAAGUCGGCUAGAGCAAAAGAACAAGGGCAUGAAACAAGAAUACCGCAAUAUUUAUUUAUAGAUAGACAUGAAUCUUUAACUGCACAACAAACACACCUUGAAAAUCACGAAAACACGAAUCCUCAGCAAGAUCUUAGCAGAUGUUUCAUUAGAACAGAAGAACAAAGAAGUGAAAAAAGAGCCUCAGGGUUUAAAUCUUUCGAAAUAAUCAAUCCGUCACUUACUGAGCCGAAACCAUUCCGCGACAAAGAUGAAAUUGUCCAUACUGGAAAUGAUCAGGAUAUUGGAAAGAAAGCAACUCGAAAUGAUAUAAAACCACAACAGUUUUUGUUGAGAAAUGACAGCAAUUUAAAUGAAGAUGCAAGUGGCAAUUAUAAAGAUGACAGUGGAAAAGAAUCAGCUGAAAAUGGGACAAAAGUGCCACCGUUGAUACAUGAAGAAAUACCAGGAGAUGUGCCACAGAUAUUUUUGGAAGAGUUUUAUGGUGUAAAAGUGGACCAGAGAACAUCAAGCGUGUCUUGUAGUACAGAAAAAGCUGAGAAUGGCAAGGCAGCAUUAGAGCAUUUAUCAAGAGAAGAGAAAGACUUCCUAACUAAAGAAUAUGAUGCUGAUGAUGAAAGUGAAAUGUCAGAAGAUGUGCCGGAAAUAUUUCUGGUAGAGUUUUGCGGUGUAGUUGUAGACCAGACAAAUACAAGAGAGUCUCGUAGUACCCAAAAAUCUGAAAAUAGCACGACAGUAAAAGAGCAUUUAUUAAGAGAUGAGAAAGACUUCCUAACUUAUGAAUAUGAUGCUGAUAAUGAAAGUGAGCUCGAUGAAGAUAACAAUGGUGCAUGUGGAUUACCUGCAAAUAAAUAUGUUCCAAAGUGUGACAAAAAGACACCUAGUUCUUUUGAUGCUGUACGACUAGACGAGCAAUUUUCUGCGUCAAAUGGAAACGUAAAUUAAGUUUGCUUUACCAAGGUACCACUUUUGAAUACAAAAACUUCUGAACCACUAUUCAUUGCUGAAGAAGAUUCGAAAACUUUGGAAAACGCGAACCACACCUAUUCAGACCAUAAGGAAGUUAGCCAAGCCCGUAAGAAAACGACAGUGAUUGACUCCAGAUUAACACAAUUUACCAGGUUCUCAGCCAUAUCACAGGUAGAAGGGCCCAGGAAUGGGCAGACUGAAAUCUUAGAGCCCAUGCGUGGAUUACAACCUUUUUUUAGAACUGUCCCAUCCAACGAAAUUUACCCACCUAUCUAUCACUCAGCACCGUAUUAUUACAUUGUCACAUAUGCUCCAGUAUGAUAUAAUGAAUUGCUCAUAGAAUGCCAUAUAGAAUGUAAGUUUUUUAAUAUCUUAUGAUUCCCUUUUCAAGAAAGAUUUUAUAACUAAAUGCGAUGUUUUUAUUUUCUAUUAAUAUGAAGAGCCACAUUUCUCUUAUAUGUUGGUUGUACUUUUUCUGCCUAAUGCGUAAAUAUUAGCCUCGCAAGAAACGAAAGGCUAGUUCAUUUAACACCUUUAGACUGUUAACGUCUUUCUGAUACUCUUUCUAGUAAAAACUGUAUCGUAAACGUGCAAAUCUUAGCUUAAGGCAACGAUGCGUCAUGUCUCCUUAAUUAUUCGUUAACAUUGCUGAUCAUAUCAGUGGAAUAAUCCUCGUGUACUGAUUUCUUCUUUUUCUGACAAUUCUAAUAGUAGAUACAUCACGAAAUGUGAAGUUUAAAAAUGAUACCUAUACAAGAAUUGAAAUAGGUCAAUCAUAAAUUGGAGCACACGACAAGUAUGCCCAAUCUGUGCUGAAUUCCUUUACAGAAAAUUAAAACCGGAGUCCAAUUAUUGAAAUCAACUCCUCUUGUGUAUAAAGUCUCUGCUGUAAGCAUGAUAUUUGUAGACAUUUCAAAGUUGUCUGACAUGUCUGAAAGUAUUUAUCGCUCGUACAUAAAUUCAUACUAUGAUCAACCAGAUCGGGUGUAAAAUGCUUAUCAGCAUCAAGCAUAGGGUGUAAUUGAGACUUCUAUAAGCAGAUCAGGGUGAAGGGAUGAACGUCUAGUCUGUUUUUAUGUAUUUAGUCUAAUGAGUUCGUAGAUUGCUGCAAGUGAGCCGUUUUACUUGUCUAUUUUAUGAAAUUAUUUUGUUCGUUCCAUCGCCAUCGUUUUAUGAAAUAAUAGAUUAGGAUUGGAACCUAGUAAUUAAAAAGGCCGUUUGGAUUAUCGUUAUUGCAUACUGAUUUAAGGAGAGUGAGUAUAAUUUUGCGGUUUAUCCUUUAGUGAUGAUGUGCUAAUACAAACCGGUACAUCUGGCGACCCUGUAAUAACAUAGCAAAGGUGUACCGUGACAACCUCAAAUAAAUUUUGUACACAAUAAAUGGGUGCUAUGCGAAUUCCAUAGGAAAAAUAAACGUAUUUUAAGGCAAAUGGGGAAAUACUAAAUUUAAGUAAGUUCGAAGUAAUUGUUAAAGAAAUGGAGGUAAGGUAACCAACAGCAGGCACCGCGGAGCAGGGGGCCCACUUUUUCCAAAAAUGCCAAAUAUUUAGUAUCAAACUACCAGAAAAGCCUCUUUUUAUACGG